AUGCGUUCGAACAACCUUCUCAUGCUCGCCGGUAUGGCGAGCACGGCUCUCGCCUUGCCAACCGACAUGGCCAUGGACCGUCGUACCGUUGGCCUCGAUAUCGAUCUCGAUGUUAGCCUGAACUUGGGUGGCCUCCUCAGCGGCAUCCUUGGCGGUGGCCAGGAUCAGAGCCCCGCUAAGCUUCUCGACGGAAUCCACGCGCACGCCGCUGCGGCCCUCCAAGCUGGUGCAUUGGGUGUUAAGGCUGGUUCCGUUCACGCCAAGGCUCGCACGGAGCUUGCCGCUUGGUUGCGCGCUGAUGUUGGUGUUCACCUUGAUGCCUCUCUCCGCUCUCCUCUCCUCAAGUGGGCUACUGGUGGUGACGGCGACAUCCUCGAUGUCGACGUCUCUGCUGGUCUCUCCGUUCUGAGCCCUCACGCUGCCGACGUUGCUGCCAAGGGUGGCCUCGUUGUUACCCUUGACGGUAUCCUUGGCGCCGCCGACAUUGAGGCCCAGGUUGUCCUGAGCGCCUCGCUCCAGGACAAGCUUGCUGCUUUCCUCAAGGGCUCCGGUGCCGCCAACCUUGGUGCCGACGUCAAGGCUGGUCUCCACCUUGCUGCUGGUGGUGGUCUCGUUAGCAGCAUGAACGCCGACGUCAAGGCUGCUCUCCAGGCCUACCUCAACGGCCCCAAGGUCACCCUUGGUGCCUCCAUCAAGGUUGCUCUCCUCGCUUGGUUGGAGGGCAAGACUGCUGACGGUGUUGUUUCCCUUGGCAACAUCCCCGCUGGUGGUCUCACCACCAUCUCCGUUGGUGCUGACAUCGGUGCCCGUGUUGGCGCUGACGGUAUUGCUACCGCCGCCGCUAAGGCUGGUCUCGGUGCCUUCCUCAAGGCUGACAUCGCUGCUGACCUCGACGCUGACGUCAAGGCUGCCCUUGAGCUCCUUGUCAACGGAAAGGCCUCUUCUGCUCUCGACACUAAGUCUCGCACUGCUCUGGUUAAGUGGCUCUCUGGUUCCGACGUCUCUCUCGGUGUUGAGCUUCAGGCCGUUGUUCUGCUCUGGUUGUCUGUUGGUGUCAAAGUUGACAUCAGCGUCAACCUUGGCGGUGGCCUCAUCGGAAACCUGCUCACAUUCGUCCUCAACACUGUCACCGAGCUCCUCUCGAGCAUCUUGGGUGGUGUUCUCUCCAUCCUCACCGGUGGUGAGAGCCUGCUCUCGCUCAGCACUCCCUGCGACACCAUCACCUCCGAGUCCGUGAUCCCCAUCGCUACCAGCUCUGAGGCCCAGUCUGUCCCCGUGCAGACUCCCUCGUCGGUGGCCGCUCAGCCUUCCGUCGAUGUCCCCACUCCUCGGCCCUCCACUCCUGUCGCUAGCAGCACCCCCUGCGACACCAUCACCUCUGAGUCCGUGAUCCCCAUCGCCACCAGCUCCGAGACCCCUGAGGGCGUCGAGCCCACCCAGGCCCCCAGCCCUUCCGUCUCCGUCGACGUUCCCCAGACUCCUGCCGCUGCUUCGUCCACUCCCUGUGAAACCCUCACCUCGGAGUCCGUGAUCCCCAUCGCCACCAGCUCUGAGACUCCCGCCCCUCUGAGCACCCCCGCCUCCUGCGCUGGUUGCGCUCCCCGUGUGGUCACCGUCACCACCACCGUGAGCGUCCCUGUCUGCACUCCUACC